AUGUCGCCAAUCUCGCUUCAUAACGGAGUGAAGGAGUCCCAAGGUCAGAGGAUGGACGCUGAGAACAAGGCACCAGUUUACCUCGAGGGUGCUACCUCUCCAAAGGGGAGUACACAAGAUGAGGGAGUACGGCCACCACACGACCCUUUGAGUUGGCCAAAAUGGAAACGGAAUACCCAAAUCCUGAUGAUAGCAGUCCAUUCCAUGGUCUCUACCUUUAUGGCUGCUGGUAUUGUCCCUGCAUAUGAUACCUUUGCAGAGAUGUAUGGUGUUUCGGUGCAUACAGUCACGUAUUUGACAUCCACUCAGAUCCUCCUCCUCGGAAUCGCUCCCUUUGUAUGGAAGCCCUUAACUACAAGGUUUGGCCGAUAUCAUAUCUGCGUCUUGUCAGUUUUGGGUAGCUUUCUAUGCAAUAUUGGGGGGGCAAGGUGCACGACUUUUGGAACGCAAAUGGCAACCCGAGUUAUUACUGCGUGGUUUAUCUCCCCUCCGAUUGCCAUCGGAAGCGGCGUGGUUACUGAACUCUGUUCCAAAGACGAGCGAGCGCAGAAGAUUGGAUGGUGGACGCUGUUAACCACUAUCGGAGUUCCCGCAGGUCCAUUCAUUAUGGGGUUUGUUGUUCAGCACAUUGGCGUCGAGUGGGUGUUUUGGCUCUUUGCCAUUAUCAACUUUUGUCAGUUCGUUGCAUACAUUCUUUUUGGAAAAGAAACAUUGUAUCCCAGGGAUUUGGAGGGGAACUUGGAACCACCGAAAGCUCCUAGCUUUCCCAGAUCCAUUUUCCCCCACCGGAUCGAUCCGCGCCCGGUAACCGCUACCGAUUUCAUCAGCCCGAUGUUCCUUUGCCGCUUUCCCCGUAUCCUCGUUCCGUCCCUCGCUUAUGCGAUUACAUUUGCCUAUGCGAACAUUGUCAUAGUUGUGGAGAUGCCAACUGCGUUCGGAAAAAAGUUCAAUUUCAAUGCCCAACAAAUCGGGUAUCAAUUCGUUGCAAUCAUCAUUGGUUGCGUGCUUGGUGAGCAGAUCAGUGGACGUAUGUCCGAUUCCUUCAUAAGGCUUCUUAAGCGGCGAAGAGGACAUGCUGCUCCAGCGGACCGAUUGUGGCUUUCUUAUAUCGGGUUCGCAACCGUUUUUGCUGGACUUUUGACAUGGGGUUUCCAACUUCAAAAUGCCACUACCUGGAAUGUCACUCCAUGUGUCGGCGCAGCGAUUGCAAGCUUUGGGAAUCAAAUCCUGACGACAACUCUCAUUACCUUUGCCGUCGACAGCCAUAAGGAAGUGUCCACCGAUAUUGGGAUGUUUGUAAAUAUUUGCAGGCAGAUUUACGGAUUUACGGGCCCGUUUUACUUGCCGCUCAUGUUUGAAAGAUUUGGCCUUGGGGGAGCUGCGGGAAUCUUUUGUGCUAUUGUCGCCGGUUCUGCGUUGGUCCCAAUUAUUGCAAUCCAAUUCGUGGCCACUCGCAAGCCGUGA